AGUUUUGCAAAUAUUUAAUAUUCAACAUUAUAGAAAUGAAAUAUUUCAUUGAAUAAAUGUGAUAAACAUAAUAAAAUUUAUCAUAUUCAUUUUUAUUAUAACCUUAUAAAAAAUAUUAAAAAAUUAUGACAUCUAAUAAAAUUUGGAUUUGGAAAAACGUUCCUGGUAUUAUCGGUCGUUAUAAUGAUAUAAUUUAUUCAUAUCCAAUGUUAUCACCAAGUCAAGAUGUUCUUCUAUAUUUUGGAGGUGACAUUCAGGAUAUUCAAGAAAAUAUGGAACAUACAGCUAACAAAACUUAUAUAGAAUGGAGUUUACAAAAUACUGCUAAAAUACUUAAUAUAAACUUUCCUAAAAAACAUGUGCUAUUAAUUCGACCAUCUAGAAUAUAUGGAACAAUAAGCUCUUUUAAUAAUUUUGUAUUAUCAAACGAAUAUGGUGUGCCAUCAUUUCUUCCAAUAUAUAAUGCUUUAGAACAUUUGCAAGAAUUAAUUAAAUCUUCUUUAAAUCAUAUUAAAAUGUGUAAUGCAAACAGGGAAUUUACUCAUUUUAGUAUUGAAAAAUUAAACAUAACAUUAAUGGGCUUUAGUAAAGGCUGUGUUGUUUUAAAUCAAUUAUUACAUGAAUUUCACUAUUAUCAAAAUAAAUCAGAACCUGAUAUGAACAUUAAUAAUUUCAUAAAUCUUAUUAAAAGUAUAUGGUGGUUAGAUGGUGGGCAUGCAGGUUCUAAGGAUACAUGGAUUGUAGAUAAGCCUAUAUUAGAAUCUCUUACAAAAUUAAGAAUGGACAUUCAUGUUCAUGUGACACCAUAUCAAAUUAAAGAUUCUCAUCGUCCAUGGAUUGGUAAAGAAGAAAGUCUCUUUUGUAAUAUUUUACAAAGUAUGAAAAUUCCUGUAAAACGAACUUUACAUUUUGCAGAUAAAAAAAGAAGUUUACAAAAUCACUUUAAUAUUCUUAAAGCUAUUAGAAGUUAUGCACAGUAAUUUGUUAUGUACCUUAUUUAUAAUUUUUGAGAAAAUAAUACUAUUAGAUUAAUUACAAAUAUUUUUUUACAAUAGAACCUCUAUCAUUUAAAUUAAUUAUAUAAAAU